CACUGAUACGAUUCCCUGUUUUCCCUGAACAUCUUGAAGUGGGACUUGGAACUCCUGGAAGACUUCCCAGAUUCCACUUCGUUUAAGCCUACCAGUGUGGUCGGAGAGUCUGUUUUUGACAAGUCGGGUGGGUCUAUUGACUGCCAUCCGGAACGUUCUAUCACGACUCAGCACUUAGGGCGCUACAUCGACUUUUGAUGAAUUCAGUCAACAUGAGCCAACAAGGCCGAUGGACGCACCUUUAUAAGGUUUUGUCCAAGCCUGGCCCCUACUGCGAUGAAGACUGGGUCCCAGGAUCAGAGACAAUCAAUACUCUGGAGUCUUCAAAGAUUCUGGUUAUCGGAGCCGGUGGAUUGGGCUGUGAAAUCUUGAAGAACCUUGCUCUGUCAGGAUUCAAGGACAUCCAUGUCAUUGAUAUGGAUACCAUCGACAUCUCCAACCUGAACCGGCAGUUCCUCUUCCGCCAAGCUGAUAUUGGCAAGCCAAAGGCAGAGGUCGCCGCUGCCUUUGUUGAGAAGCGAGUGAAAGGAGUCAAGAUCACUCCUUUUGUUGGCAAAAUCCAGGACAAAGAUGAAGACUAUUAUAUGCAGUUCAAGAUUAUCAUCUGUGGACUGGACAGCAUUGAAGCUCGUCGCUGGAUCAACGCAACGCUGGUCGGAAUGGUGGAUCCCGAGGACCCAGAGAGCCUCAAGCCUCUGAUUGAUGGUGGAACUGAAGGAUUCAAAGGUCAAGCUCGUGUCAUUCUACCCACUCUCUCCUCGUGUAUCGAGUGCCAGCUUGACAUGCAUGCUCCUCGUCCGGCAGUCCCGCUCUGUACGAUUGCCACUAUUCCACGCCAACCCCAGCAUUGCAUUGAAUGGGCCCAUCAGAUCGCAUGGCAGGACAAGCGCAAAGAUGACUCCUUCGACAGCGACGACAUGGAGCACAUCUCGUGGGUCUACCAUGCUGCUCUGGAGCGGGCUCAGCAGUUCCAUAUCCACGGAGUGACUUUUCAGAUGACCCAAGGUGUCGUAAAGAACAUCAUCCCGGCUAUUGCAUCGACCAAUGCUGUUAUUGCUGCGUCCACAACCUCGGAGGUGCUGAAGAUCGCCACUGGAUGCAACCCGUAUCUCGAGAAUUAUAUGAUGUAUGCCGGCGAAGAGGGUGUCUACACAUACACCUUUGAGGCUGAGAAGAAGCCGGAUUGUCCAGUGUGCGGUAAUCUUGCUCGGAAUAUGGAUGUGGACCCUGACACGACUUUGGGAGAGUUCAUCGAGAGCCUCGGAGAGAGGGCUGAAGCGCAGCUGAAGAAGCCUAGCAUGCGAACCGAGGAGAAGACAUUGUACCAACAGUUCCCGCCUCAGUUGGAGGAGCACACACGGCCUAAUCUGCGCCUCAAGUUGCGUGAACUCGUGGAGGAUGGCGAAGAAAUCGCGGUUAGCGACCCAGCCUACACUAUCGACUUUCGCUACAGGUUGGUGUUUAAAUAG